CAGGAGGACUCUUAUUGUGACAUGUUUCUGGCUUUUUGAACCGGAAGUUUACGUUAAAGUCCGCGUUAAUGAACUUGACCACGUCGUUUUCCCCAGCUCUAACUCUGGACACAGAGAUGUCUGGACCUGAGAUGGACCCGGAUGUGGCAUUAGGACUGUUUGAAGAAGGAGCCACUUUGGUUCUCCUCGGCGUUCCUGAAGGAACCGAGCUAGGUCUGGACUACAAGACCUGGGGGGUGGGUCCACGUUUCCGUGGCAUUAAGAUGAUCCCUCCAGGAAUCCACUUCCUCCAUUACAGCCCGGCUAAUGCCAUGAGUCAGGGUGGAGAACUGGGUCCUAAACGGGGUGUCUUCCUCUCGCUGAAGCCUCGCGAGAUCCUCCUGGCUCACUGGGACAAGGACGAGGAGGAUCUGGACUUUUCGGCGUCAGAGAACUCGGAGGAGGUUUCUCGUGUGAGAGCCGGCCUCCGCGAGCUCGACUCGAACCUGGGGCCGUACCCGUACGACACGCUGAGGAAAUGGGUGUCUCUGACGGAUAAACUGAGCCAGGAAGUGGCGAGUGCACUGCAGCCACUGAGCGGACGCGUGUGUGCCUUCAGCGACGUGGUUCCCGAGCUGCAGCUCACGCACACCAAAGACAGAACUGAGCAGAACCUGCCACGGAAUGACACGCAGUGCCGGAGCAUGAAGGAAGGACUGGAUAGACUUCCACGCAUGAAGCAGAGGGAAGGAACAGAAUUCCGGUUCUCUCACAUCCCUCGGCACACGUAUCCUCCGGGAGCCACGCCCGCUCAGAUCACGCAGUGCAGCAUGGACCUGAGCUACGCCCUCAACCUGCUGCUGGAGAACCACUACAAGGAACAACCGCUCAACGUCCUCGGCGAGUUGCAGUUUGCUUUCGUGUGUUUCCUCAUCGGGAACGUGUACGAGGCGUUCGAACACUGGAAGCAGCUGCUGCUCCUCCUCUGCAGGAGUGAGGAGGUCAUGAGAGAGCGCUCUGACCUUUACCUGAGCCUCAUCAGUGUCCUCUACCACCAGCUCGGCGAAAUCCCCCCUGACUUCUUCGUGGACAUCGUGUCUCAGAACAACUUCCUAACCUCCACGUUACAGGACUUCUUCCAGUUUGCCGGUUCUCCAGGCGUCAACGCUACACUGCGGAAAAGAGCAGAGAAGUUUAAAGCUCAUCUGACCAAGAAGUUCCGCUGGGAUUUCGACGUGGACCUGGACGAGUGUGCGCCGGUGGUGGUGGAGCUUCCGGAGGGAGUCACGCUGGACUGAAGCUGACCUGAUGUUCUGAUGAAACGUCAGAGGGUUCAUUAAAAAGAGACAGUAAAGCGCUUAAGAGGAUCAAGGAUUCUGCUUCUGAUCUUUUCAUCCUUCAUCAUCAUCAUCAUUAUUAUUGUCAGUGUCUGUAACUUCAACACUUAGAGCAGAAAAGUUAUGGUUUGGCCAGAAGUAAAGCAGACUGACAUUUGCAGCUUUCUUUAAGUUUUGGACUUGAGGUUGAUGUUAAGUAAUGGGAGCUUAUAGCCACCAGUUUAAAGCUUUGUGGAGCUGUUCAGUCUCUUAAACACACCCAGUGAUGCUGAUUCUGAAUCUGUUUUAUAAUAAAAGAUCUACUUUGACCCUUAAAGCUUCAGUCUUGAACCCUACAGCAGUGUUUCCCUGUCAGAAAGGGUUUCAGUACUGGUUAGAACCCAGUUAAAAUGGUAUAAACCAUUAAGUAUCCAAGGAGCCCUUAAAAAAGAACCUUGAAGAACAUUUAUUUCCCAAAAGAUUUCUAAGCUCCUGACAGGUUCCAGAUAUCACAAAGACAACAGUGAGCGAAGUUGGAGCUUGUCUAGAACAUUUACCUCCUCUCUUAGAAGUGAGGGUUCUCUAAUGAAGUGUUUCUCGCCCCCGAAAACAGUUCUGCUUGGAAUCCAUUCUAAUAGGAAGACAUUUUGUUGUAGUUUUCUUCACAGACCAUUAAGGUUUCUUCACAGGACCAACCGAAGAGUCCUUUGUGGAACAUGGUAGCUUGUUUUAUUUACAGUUUUGAGCAAAAUACAUCAGAAAGCACCGGGAGAACCUUAAAGUUUCCAUGUAGAGGCUUACACUAAUAUUUUCCACUCAGAAAUGCUUCCAGCUCAGAGGAUAAUUACCCAAAGAACCCUUCAGGAACCCUGAACCCUCUCUGAGGGUGUAUAAAAGAGCUAAAGCCCAAGAGCUACGUCUUAAAACACCUGAGAGAAAUCUGGAAAAAGUGUGAAGGUUUUAGACACGCUGAACUCUCGGCUAUUAGCUAAUCUUAAGUGGUAGCUUCAUUUUAAAGACAAGCUUCACAGACUGGACACCGGUCUGAUUGACCUUUUUUUGAGGUAAAGAAGAUUUAAAAGUCUCAGUUUUAUUUUUGGUCACAGGAUAAUCCUAUUAAACAUCUUUUCAUGCUUUUUUGUUUUGUUUUAUUAAUAAAAGUCAGGUUUCCUCA